GAGAGACUAAAAGGUUUCCUUUGGAAUAGUUUUUUCAUAUCAAGAGGGUACAUGUGUAUUUAAAAAGCAAAAACGGGUGGUACUCCUGCGUGGACCGGCGAUCGUCUGAGUUUGUUGCUUAAAAGUCAUGGUUUUCUCAGCGCUAUGUCACCGCUUCUGCCGGUCGUUGUUAGAUGUUGCGGUUUUGCUCCUUGUACUUGUCCUGCUGCCUGGGAUCCCUCCUCAUGUCACCUACAGGUCAUAUGAAAUUGAUGACCCAAGACCUUUAGAAGGACGUUUAGAGCCCAAUGACAUCCUAGAUGCUGGUGAGAGGAUCCUAGACGGCAAGAUUGUUGGGCCUGAGUCCGUCGCCUCCAAGAGUGAUGAUGAGAUCUUUGUGAGCUUGCAUGGUGGGAAGAUCCUUCGAAUCUGGGGGAAGAGGUUUGAUCACUUCAAGAUUAUCACCUCCAUUGGCCCUGGCUGUGAUGGACCGUGGCAGGAGAAAAUCUGUGGACGACCUCUUGGUUUGCGUUUUGCUCCCGAUGGCCGGCUGCUGGUGGCUGAUGCAUACCUUGGACUCUUCUCAGUUGAUGUGGAAACAGGUGAAAAAGAACGAUUAUUUGAUCCGUUGGAAGAAAUCGAUGGUGCUCCUCCAAAGUUGCUGGACGACCUGGACAUUGAUUCCGAGGGCAACAUUUACUGGUCUGACGCCUCUAUCAAUGCUGACCUUUCCGAUGGCAUAAUAGAGAUGCUGAGUGAUCCAAGUGGCAGGCUUGUCAAAUUCGACCCAAAGACAAAGAAGAACACCGUGCUGAUGAAGAACCUUCACUUUGCCAAUGGGGUCCAAUUAUCACCAGAUCAUGACUUCGUUUUGGUGUGCGAAACCUUCCAAAAACGUGUCUGGAGGUACUGGUUGCAAGGUCCCAAGGCUGGAACGUCAGAAAUCUUUGUGGACCGACUGCCUGGCAUGCCAGACAACCUCCGAAAUAGGAACGAGGGCGGAUAUUACAUAUCUCUUGUGGCGGUCAAGUCCCCCGAGGCCUUCGACGAGCUGAAGUUCCUAACCAAGCUGCCGUGGUUGAGGAAGCUUCUUCUGCGCUUAGUGAAUGUUGCCAAGAUGGUGUUUGAUGCUGUGUCUAAGAUCUAUCCCAAUAAGUUUACAGAAGAUGUUUCCUUCAGGAUAUUCAACCUGGAGCCAAUCGCUCAACACAUGGCCUCCAACAAGACAAUCAUAGUGGAACUCGAUGCAGAAGGAAACAUCGAUGGCUCGAUGCAGGGGAACAGCGGCCGUCUCCGCUUCAUCUCUCAGACAAACAGAAUUGGGGAUAACAUAUUCUUUGGUUCGCCUUACAACAAGUACCUUGGCCGGCUGUAUGUCGGGGUGCCGUCCCUAAAGAGCGCCAAGCCAGUGGAAGAGACAGAAUUAGAACCCAGGGAGGAGCCAGCAGCAGAGAGUAUUCCAGAAAAGGAAUCGGUGCCGGCUGAAGAAGACCAGCCGGCGGCCAGGGAGGCUGAGGCAAGUUCAGCGAAGGAGGAAGAAAUUCCAGCAGAGCCCUCUCUUCAUGCGAAGGAGCCGGUGAAAGAUAAGGUAUUGGAAAAAGGAAAGGAAAAAGCCAAACAGGAUUCUGAUAAGAAAGAUGAACUCUAGUUAUUAUUCUCCCCUCCCCCCCCUUCUCUUUUCUGAAGAAGUUAAUAUAG